AUGGGCCGUCUUCUAACGCGGGUCUGUUUAGUGGGCAGCAAUGCCAUCUCGGCGUUCCUCUCCUGGAGGCUCCAGGCGACAACCUCCUGCGACGUUACACUGGUUUGGAAAUCGGGCUUCGAGGCAGUUUCUCAAUACGGCGUGUCUUUUAAGUCGAAAGCGUUUGGAAACGAACGGUUCAAGCCACGUCAUGUCGUCCGUACGCCCGAAGAAGCCGCCUCACGAGAGAAUGCCUACGACUACGUGAUCCUCUGCAUCAAGGCUCUGCCAGAUGUGUACGACCUGGCAGCCGUAAUAGAGUCCGUUGUUACCCCCCAGCAUACAUGCAUCUUGGUGAACACGACCAACACCCUCGGCGUCGAAUCGCAUUUGGAACAACGGUUUCCCACGAACGUCGUCCUGUCGCUCGUUUCGGGCGUGGAGAUCACCCAGAUCGGAGCCAGCGAGUUUGAGCACCUGAACUCAUCGGAUAUAUGGGUUGGUGCCACGAAUCAGAACACGAAUGUCCCCUCCACGAUCCAGAACGAUAUGGCCGCGGCCUUAGCGAUGACACUGAGCUCAGGCCAGGUGGAUUGCAAAGUAUCGAAGAAUAUCAGACAAGAACAAUUUGAACGUAUUAUAGGACCGAUCGCCUUUUACCCCGCAAGCGUUAUGUUUGAUACCGGAAAUGUACAGCAACUUCUAGAAAAGGUCGGAGUGCGUCAGUUGAUAUCGGAUGUGAUCGACGAACUUCUCGGACUGGCGAAAGCACACGGUUGCUCCUUCCCCAGUGACUUCAACCAGAAGACAAUGGAGAAGAUGACAUCGAGUCAAACCCCGAAUAGCAUGUACCAAGAUUUCCAGGCUCGGCGUCCCAUGGAGAUUGAGACCUAUCUUGGUUCCCCCAUCAAAUUGGCCACGGAGUCCAAUGUCAAACUCCCACGCAUCGAAACCCUUUAUGCAGUGCUUCAUCAUCUCAAUGCCACCAAUCUGAGCAAGCCUCGUGAAUCCCCCCCACCUGCAUUGGCCCAGCCUCCGCCCCGGAUGUCCUCGGUCCCCCCGCCUCCUAGAAGUGGUCCUAUGCGCCCACCCCCUGGAAGGUCAAGUUCUGCAAUGAUGAUGCCACCCUCAAGACGCGGGCCCCCGAUGCCCGGAAUGUCACGACCACCAAGCGCCCAGCCCCCGUCUGCGGCGCCCAGGGUGCCUCGUGAACCGUCUCUCGAAGGCCUUGAGGAGUUCAGUCAUCUUGUUGUUUACGACGAUGCGGGCGAGGGAGGUGUACCUGCAAAUGGCGCCAAUGGCUACCCAGACGGCCCAUCAGGCCCUGGACCAGCAUCCGCGGGCUUGGCCUUGAGAGAACGCGAGCUGGCGCUUCGACAGCGGGAGCUGCAGCUUCGUGAACAAGAGAUGCACAUGCGGCGUGGUCCUCGCAGACCUCCACCAUCCAAGGCGCCGUCAGCUUUCGACGAAGAGGAUGAAGACGACUUUUUCGAUCCCAUGGAUACUAGCCUGGUCCCGCAAAUCGACCCCGAUAAUGUCGAUAUGCUGAGUAUCACAUCCCGGAGGACGAAGAAAAUACCCAGUGCUAGUCAGAUCCGCAAAAACCCCGAACUCCUUUCGAACACCGGCGGUGGUGGUGGCGGCGGCGGCGGCAGGUCUGGGACGUUCAGUCGCUAUUUUGGAGGCAACAGGAAGCGGGCGAGCGACCGUAUCAUGCAGGAAAUCCCUGGCCUUCAUGAUUCUCUUCUAGACAACCCUAUGAUGGCUUACUCUUCAAACCGGUACGGGUCCGUUGACAGAAACCAAAUGGCUGCGGGCUCUCGAACAAACUCGAUGACCACGAGUCGAAUGGGCGACUACCCUCCUCAUUCGUACCCGCAGAGCAGGAGGAACAGCCAUUCUCCUGCAGCUCCUUAUGGUGGUCCUCCUGGUCCGCGAAUGGGCCGCCCAGCGACUGCCCAAGACCAGAAUUUCGGCCCACCUCAUGGGCCCCCGAACGGCGGCCACCCGUCGCCUCCGGGACAAAUGCGAGCGCCAGUCCCUCGGCAUCCCCCCGGGCAUGGCAAUGCGGUAGGCCCGCAGCAAGUUGAACAACACAUUGGGGUGAGCAAACCGUAUCCCGCCAAGGGCACUCCCAAGCAUAGAAGUCUGACCGGAAGUGCGAGCGCCAGCGCGGAGAGUGGUGAUAGCGGGGCUAGUGCCAACCUCGAUUCCGAGAACUCUGCCCAUAGCAGCCAGAUCAGCCUCGGAGCGCAGCAAGCUGCGGCCCCCGUUCGUUGA